UACCUCACCACGGACCAAGCGCACCCCGGUCAUAACGCCGAUUCAACGGACAACAGGCACAGCAACAACUAACAAUCCUGCGGCAGCAAUCCAGUUCUCCUUCUUCCAAUAUUUGAAAUAAAAUUAUGGCUCUCUUACUCCGGAAAACAUGGAGAUUUAUCUUCUCCUCUUCACGCUUACCUCCUCUUUCACCAUCCGCAGCUCGAGAAUUCCGUUCAGAUGCGGCUCUAGAAGCCAUAUCAAAAGCAAAUGAAGAAAAAACCCCAAUCGCUGUGCUCUAUAACUACCCCUCUUUUUCCGGUGCUUUCUCCGCUUUAUUUGCUCACCUUUUUCACUCUCGUCUCAAUCUCCCUUGCCUCAUCUUGCCUUUCUCAUCCGUCGAACCCUUCAGGGUUGAAGAUUUCAGAAUUGAAGGGCUUGAGAGAUGUUACCUUCUUGAUUUUAUCGGUCCACGUGGAUUUGCUUCAACUCUUUCCCGCCAAUCAAAUUGCCAGGUAAUUUGUUUUGAUCAUCGAAAAUCGGUGCUUUCAAGGGUGCAAUCGAAAGAGGAUUGUGGGGAGAAAGUUAGUUUUUCUGUUGACGUUGAGAAGAGUAGCUCCACUUCUGUCUACGAGUACUUCUCGAAGAAGAUUCUAGAUAACAAUGGGGGAGUUGAGGGAUUAUUGAAAGCGGAAGAUCAAGAUCGUGUUGAAAUGGUUCUCGAGUACAUUGAAGAUAUGGACCUUCGACGGCGGAGUUUAACGGAUAUUAGAGCUUUUAAUGUUGGAAUUGGUGAAUGGCGCUCCAAGUUUAAUUAUGUCACCAACCCGUACAUGUUUGAAGAGCUGCUGGAGAUAAGUCCUGUUGAUAUAAUUGAGAAAGGAAAUUCAUAUAUUUCAUCGCGAUGGACUGCUGCUAGUAAGUUGAUGGAUAAGGUUUUUAAAGUUCGAUUGGGUCGAGGAGUUUAUGGAGAGUGCCUGGGAGUUAGAGCAGAUGGCAAUUCUCAUUUAAGUGAUGAAAUCGGCAAGGAACUUAGUGUAAAAAGUGCUGCAGCUGGUCUUAGGCCCAUAGGAGUUGUUGUGUACAUGCUACGAAAUGAUCUUAAGAUGUGCCUGAGGAGCAUUGAUAGUGCUACCGAUACCUCUGAAGUUGCAAAGGCAUAUGGAGGAGGUGGCUCACCAAGUUCCAGUUCCUUUAUAAUAAGGAUGGAUGAGUACAAUCAGUGGCUUUCAGUUAAUGCAUUGUGAUCACAUUCACUCGAAACUUGCAUCAGAAGAGCAACAAAGCUAGUUUACUGGACAACCAGCAACUAUUAUGCCCUUGGCUGUUUGACAAGAUGCCAGUUCAGUGUUCACCAUUUGCACCCCACCAAGUAGAACUUUUGUUUUCUAUGCCAACUGAGAAGUAAACAAGCAUUACCAUGAAAGUCACCCCAGCAUCCAAUGCUGCUGAAAGAACAUAAUUGUGCCACUGCCACCACUGCAUCUGUAACGGAAGAUGAAGAAAUUGAAAAUUGUUCCAACCAUGAUCCAGGCAUUGUGCGUUAAUGGUGUAGCCAGCGGCAUCAUUGCAGUUGACCCUAGAAGGACUGGAAGGUUAAUUAGGGGAGUCCAAGAUUGCUUGGGGAAUGAUUUGUGCAACAGCCAAACUAUAA